UGGGAUCCGGAGCUGCGACCAUGGCGAACGUCGCGAGUUCGAGGGAGCGGCGGAUCGUGGUGGCGGUGGACGAGAGCGAGGAGAGCCUGAGCGCGCUGCGGUGGUGCCUGCGCAAUCUCGUCCGGCCUGCUCCCGGCGAUGGGUCAGGGGCGAAGGACAUGAUCGUGCUCCUUUAUGCGAGACCUACGCCGCCGGUUUACUCUGCAUUGAAUGGAACAGAAAAUGGAAGAGAACACCACGUGUUCGGUACCCAAGAGGAUUUCGUACCCGAUCUUCAAGUUCGAGAAACAGGGCGAUCCUUUGCAGAAGAUGUGACCGCCACAUUGGACAUGUACGGCAGAGACCUCGCUGAUUCGGUCACGGAGAAAGCCAGGAACAUCUGCAAGGAUUAUGGCAACGUCAAGGUGGACGUGAAGAUCUCGGUGGGAGACGCAAGAGAAGUCAUCUGUCAGAUGGUGGACAAGCUGGGCGCGGACCUGUUGGUCAUGGGCAGCCAUGGCUACGGCUUUAUUAAGAGGGCGCUGCUGGGGAGCGUCAGCGACCACUGCGCUCGAAAUGCGAAGUGCCCUGUUCUGAUCGUGAAACAUCGAGAAGCUUAAUUGAUGCAUGUUCUUUUGGCAAGCUUUCUUCGAAUAAUCCAGUCUUAGAUCUGUGCAGUCAAUGUGUUGAUGUGCGUCUGAGACAGUGAAAUAGGAGAUGAUGAGAGAUGAAUGAAUAUAUAAAUCCCUUCACAAUA